AUGGGCAAAUCCUCACCCCGCUGGGCAUUGCUGGGCUUCAGGGCUCUCGCACCGUCGAUAUACAUCAAAGAAGCCCCCCGCUCUUCGUCAUCCGUGUCAUCGACCGCUUCUGAUCUCAGCUCCGACUCUUGGGCGAGCCGCAUCAGCACGACAAGCCCCUCCCUUAUCCUCCUCACCUCCUGGACGGGUGCCGACCCGAGACACGUCGUUAAAUACACGAAGCGGUACCAUGAGCUUUAUCCGUACGCAACCGUCAUGGUCAUCACGACGGUGAUACAAGACCUCGUCUUCCGCUCAGCCCAGGAAAAGGUCGCCGCGCUGGCCCCGGCUGUCGAGUUCCUCCGCCGGCACGUCAGCACGCAGCUGAAGCGGCCCACAAUGCUCCUACACGCCUUCUCCGAGGGAGGAUCCAACAAGGCCGUCUGCCUUGCCCAGGCCUACCUGGACGGCACGGGAUGCCGGCUGCCCAUAGGCGCGUUCGUUUUCGAUAGCACGCCAGGCAAGCCGCACUUUUCGUCCAACGUUGCCGCCUUCAAGCGCUCGCUGCCGUCCAACAAGGCCAUCCGCGCCGUAGGGGUCCCGGUCGGCAUCGUGGUGUUGGGCGCAGUGUACGGAACAUUCCACGUGAUCAAGGGGUAUGAGAAUAACGUAAUCUGUCAAACGCGGAACUCGCUCAACGACGAGACGUUGUGGGACGUCGCGGGCACGCCGCGGACGUAUGUCUUCUCCGAGGCCGAUGACCUCAUUGUAUGGGAAGACAUCGUAGACCAUGCGCAGGAAAGCGCCGAGCUACUGGGGAUCGAGAGCGCUCUGGUUCGCUUCAAAAAGAGCGGGCAUUGCAACCAUGUUCGAGAAAACGAGCAGGCGUAUUGGGCUGCCGUGGUGAGGACUUGGGAGGCGCAAUAUGUCGGGCAAGCCUUCUGA